AUGUUCGCCGCGGCCUCAUCCUUCUUCUCGCGCUCUAAUAUUCUUCAGAACUAUAACGUCGGCACCUCUUCUGCGCCACGCAGCCCGACACCAUCAACUUCAGCCGGCGCACUUCCAUCAACAGCGCAUGUCCCGGCGUUUCAGGUCGGACUGUGGAGGGUGCAGAGCGGAUCGCACAAGACGACUGGGAAGAGGGUCAGCGUGUGGACGUGCGAUAAGAGGGCGGGAGAGCUGGACAGGUUGACGCCAGCGGCGAGGGAGAACGUGAUGGACGUGCUCAAGGCCGAGGCGACUUCGUUGAGCAAGUUGAGGCAUCCGAGUGUAUUAGAGGUCGUCGAGCCGCUGGAGGAGACGCGGGGAGAACUCAUCUUCGCGACAGAGCCGUUGCUCGCCUCGUUGUAUCUCGCUAUACCAGGUUCACCCUACGGCUCUAAGCUGGUAGACUUGGAUGAGGUGGAAAUCCAGAAGGGUAUACUACAACUAUGCAAGGGACUCCAGUUCCUACAUACCUCCGCUCGGUUGAUACACACCAAUAUCAACCCGGAGAGUAUACUCAUCAACCAAUCUGGCGACUGGAAGAUUGGUGGGCUCGGCAUGACCAUCGCGUUAAACCCAGCAGACGGUAGCAAGCCGCGCUGGGAGUUCCCUUCAUAUGACGGAAGGUUGCCACCGUACACACAACGCUCUUUCGACUACAUGGCCCCGGAGUACGCGCUUGACGAGCAGUUGACCACAGCCUCGGACAUGUACUCGCUCGGAUGCCUCAUGUUCGCCGUACAUAUGAAGGGGGAUCCGCCAUUCAAGAAUCACGGUAGCCUUGGAAGUCUACGCGAGAACGCCGGGAAGCCGUUGAGCGGGAUGGAGAGACUCGACCGUGACUUGCAGACCAUGCUCCGCAUGCUCAUCACCCGCAACCCUCAAGGCCGCGCCGCACCAGAAGCCCUCCCAACGCACGCCUUCUUCUCCUCCCUCCCCAUCAGCACCCUCAACUUCCUCGAACGCUCAACCUUCGCCACAAAAUCCCGCGAAGAAAAGGUCUCCUUCAUGAAAGGCCUACAAUCCGUACUAGACCGCUUCUCCGAGGGCCUCCGCAUACGCAAGAUACUACCGAGCUUAUUAGAGGAGAUGAAGGAUACGCACCUGUUGCCGUAUAUCCUGCCGAAUGUGUUCUUGAUUGCGAAGAUCAUCAGCCCGCAACAGUUUGCGAGCUUGGUGUUGCCUAGUCUGAAGCCCCUCUUUGCGAUCAAGGAUCCGCCGCAGAACAUGCUUACCCUGCUGGAGAACCUGCAGACGUUGCAGGAUAAGACAGAGAAGAACGUCUUCCGAGAACAUGUUCUACCGUUGGUGUACAACGCGUUCCAGUCAGAGCAUGCUGUAGUGCAAGAGCGCGCCUUGAAGUGCGUGCCGGAUCUGUGCGAGACCAUAGACUACGCGGAGGUGCAGGGAACGAUGUUCCCACGGGUAGCGGUCGUCUUCACGCAUACACGUGUUCUAUCAGUCAAGGUCGCGACACUUGCCACCUUUUUAGCAAUGGUUAAAACACUCGAUCAAACCAGCUUGACACAAAAGCUCGUACCAUUACUAUCGAAGAUACGGACGAAGGAGCCAGCGGUAAUGAUGGCUACUCUCGCCGUCCAGGAAGCUAUGGGUCUGAAGGUCGACCGGGAAGCUGUGGCGACGCUCGUCUUGCCCCAAUUGUGGGCGAUGUGCAUUGGGCCACUGAUCAACGUUCAGCAGUUUGAACGCUUCAUGGCCGUGAUCAAAACCCUCUCCGACCGCGUACAGCGCGAACACCACCAAUUCCUCCGCGAUGCCCAACGCAUCGAAGACAAGUCCGCAAUCCAACCCAACGGCUCUCCCCUUCCCUCCAUCAACGCCGGACCAGUCAGCUUCGAGAGCUUGGUGGCCAAUGCCAAUGGUGCCACGGUCAAAGCGGAUACGGUGGCGCAGGGCGAGACGAACUGGGAAGAUGAUGUCUGGGGAAGCAUUUUGGCGCCCGGGACGGAGACGCCGAGGACGGCUAGUCCGGCGCCUGCCGCUGUGCCGGCGCUCGGGCAAGGUUCGAUAACACCGAGCGCGACGUCGCCGAGGUUGGGCGGACCGUCGGUGCCUGCUCAGCGCAACAUGUCGCGGCCUGCGGGCCCGCUGGGCGCGCGUCGUAUUACGAGUACGCCGGGACAGGCAUCCGGAGCAAGCUCGCCGUUGUCGACUACGGCUUUCCCACCACCUCCAUCAUUCGCAUCGCCACCGCCUAUGUCAUUCUCAUCACCGCCGCCCAUGCAACCUCUGCAGCCAACAUCGACGGGCUCGUCAUUUGGCUCGGCGCCACUACAGCCGUCAAAGCCGAACUACAAUAUCUCGUUGGAUAAUAGCUUUGGAGGGUCGAAUGCACCGAUGGCACCGCUGGGCGCAUCGGGUUCAAACGGCUUCGGCGUUUUCACCCAACCGCCGUUACAGCCUCAGCAAUCGACCUUCGGGUCGUUCUCGCAGCCUGCACUACAGCCUCAACAACAGCCGAAGCCCUUCUCACCGCCACCACUACAACCUCAGAACUCAUUCGGUGCACCACCGCUACAGCCGCAACAUUCGUUCAACGCGGCUCCAAUGCAGCCGUUGCAGCCGACGGGUACGGGUGGGAGUAUGGGUAUGGGCGUGCUCACGCCUAGUAAACCGAAUGGCAGCGCGAAGGCUGCGGCUGCGAAGUUGGAUUGGGGAGAUUUCGAUCCGCUUGCUUGA